AAGCCAAGUUUUGGAGAGAUGUGCUUACUAGAAUAAUAAAAAUUAUACUUUUUCUUACUGCUGGCAAUACAGCAUUACGAGGAAAUGAAGGAAAAGGAGAAAAAGCAAGUGAAGGUAAUUUCUUAAGAACAGUACGACUUCUCGCUGAAUUUGAUCCAGUUUUGAGUACACUUUUAACUGUUGAAGAAAAUAAGGUCAAAUAUUUGAGUUGGAGUGUACAAAAUGAAGUAAUUGAUUUAUUUGCAACAAAUGUACAAAAUAUAAUUUGUCAAGAAAUUAGAGAAGCACCAUGUUUUGCACUUAUUAUUGAUUCUACUCAAGAUAUUUGUAAAGUGGAUCAAUUUGGUAUUGAUAUAAAUAAGUGUUGUGGACAGGGUUUUGAUGGGGCAUCAGUAAUGAGUGGAAUACACAAUGGAGUAAAAAAAAGAAUUUUGGAUAUUGUUCCCAAUGCUACAUACAUUCAUUGCAAUGCCCAUAAUCUGAAUUUGGUACUUUCUGAUGUAGCAAGAACUAAGAAUAAAAGUGGACCACGAUGGGCUUCUUUAACAUUUGGUGACAAUGUAGCAAACAUAAUGAAAAAGAAAGUUUUAAAAAAA